AUCCCCGGGUCCGGGUUCAGCCACGCCUCUGCCUCCGUCUCCCAGCUUGCGGCCUAGCUGGAGCUCCCAGGGGCAGGACCGAGCAAAGGUCCAGGCCCGCCCUGCUCCUCUCCCUGUGUGUCCCGGGAGCGCGCGCCUGCAAGACCCGAGCGCGUGCAGGACCGAGCGGCGGCGCGCGGGUAAUCUCAACCCAACAAGAUGUUUGCCAAAGCAACUCGGAACUUCCUUAAAGAAGUUGAUGAUGGAGGAGACCUGAUCUCAGUCUCACACCUGAAUGACUCUGACAAGCUGCAACUUCUAAGUCUGGUGACCAAAAAGAAGAGAUACUGGUGCUGGCAGAGACCCAAGUACCAGUUUCUAUCUGUCACCUUGGGAGAUGUUCUCAACAAAGGGCACAGUCUCAGUCCAGUGGUCGUGGAGUCAGACUUCGUGAAAUACGAAAGCAAGUUUGAGAACCAUAAGAGUGGAAACAUUGGGACGGUUGUAGGGAAGAUGAAGUUGAACAUUGGGGGCAAAGGUGUGGUGGAGAGUUGCUCUUCGUUUGGGACCCUGAGGAAGCAGGAGGUGGAUGUGCAGCAGCUCAUCCAGGACGCGGCCGGGAGAGCAGUUAACCUGGACAGCCCAGUGCUCCAGCAGGUGCUAGAGCGGAAGCACGAGGUCCUGUGCGUGCUGACGCAGAAGAUCGUGACCACGCGGAAGUGUGUGAUCUCUGAGCAUGUGCAGACGGAGGAGAAGUGUGGAGGCAUGGUGGGGAUCCAGACCAAGACGGUGCAGGUGUCAGCGAUGGAGGACGGGACCAUCCUCAAGGACACCAACGUGGUGCUGGAGAUCCCCGCUGGCACCACCAUCGCCUAUGGCAUCAUGGAGCUGUAUGUGAAACAGGACGGCCAGUUUGAAUUCUGCCUCCUCCAAGGGAAACACGGUGGCUUCGAGCACGAGAGGAAAGCUGACUCUGUCUACUUAGACCCCCAGGCGUACAGAGAGUUCGCGUUCCUGGACAUGCUGGACGGGGUCCAAGGGCGCUCUCUGCAGGAUGGGUCACUGCAUGUCUUAAAACAAGCAAACAUGCACCUAGAGAGGAGCUUCCGCCCCUUUGCGGUGUUACCUGAACAGCAGCAGAGGGCGCUCUUCCGCCUCCUGCAGACAGUCCUGUUUGAUGAGGAGCUGCUCAUGGCCCUGGAACAAGUGUGUGAUGACAUGGCUGGUGGCCUCUGGUCCUCACAGACUACAUUGGCAAUGGAGGAGUUGACUGGCAGUCAGCAGCAGGACCUCACAGGCUUUCUGCAGCUGGUGGGGUGCAGGGUCCAGGGGGAGCAUCCUGGCCCGAAGGAUGAGAUCAGCAACCAGAAGCUCUUUGCAACAGCCUACUUCCUGGUCAGCGCACUAGCAGAAAUGCCAGAUAAUGCCACAGUUCUCCUGGGGACUUGCUGUAAACUCCAUGUUAUUCCUACGCUCUGCCACUUGCUCCGCGCUCUGUCUGAUGACCGAGCAUGUAAUUUUGAAGACCCCACCCUGGCUCCUCUGAGAGACACAGAGAGGUUUGGGAUUGUGCAGCGGUUGUUUGCUUCUGCUGACAUCGCCCUGGAGAGGAUGCAGUUUUCCGUGAAAGCCACCAUGCUGAAGGACUCUUGCAUCUUCCCACUAAUUCUUUACAUCACUCUAAGUGGGCUCUGCACUCUCAGCAAUGAGCAUGAAUAAAGUCAGUGUCAGUCAGAAGUACAUGAUUUUGGCUAGGAGUAUGUACUUCUCAGAUUGAGAAAAUAUUUGGGAUUUGGGGCCCAAGCGGGUUACAAGUCUGUCAAUGAAUCCCACAGCACAGUAAGCGCGGAGACUGAAUGCCUGCAAACACUGAUUUCUUUUCAUCAGAGCGCUACUGUGCUAAUACACACUGGACCACGGCAACUUUGGCAGAUUUCAACACUGAGUUACUAGAAAAGAAUCAUGUGCUCUGCUCCAUUCACUUCUGAUACACAAAACCAGAAGAGCCCGAAACUUUACUUCAAAAUUCAUCUUAAGGUGUGGAUGCUAAGGAUAGCUAUUUUUUCUUCACCACUUUCACAAGUUAUACAUUAAUGACUGGGAAACUAUAAAUGCCACUUAAGUAUAUGAAACAAUUAUUAAGAAAUCUAAUGGCACUCACCUCAACAUGGGGAUUUAGAUAUAUCCCUCUUAUUUGACUUUGUUAUGCUUUGAUGAACGUACUAUGUCUGCAGCAAUUCUAGUGAGUCCUGGGAAUUUGACACGUUGCAAUUUCUAUCAAAGGUAAUUCCGAACUGUGUACAGUUGGCUGUUUAAUCAGUUUUGAUGCCAUUCUGCAGCAGCAGGCUUGGACAAUCUCCCCAAGCCUCCGGAUUUCACUGACAAUAUCUGUUGCUGUUGAUCAGACCAGAUGCCCCUGGGCAAUGGUGGUGGUGGCAGCGGCGGCGGCGGCAGCAAGAUGCAUAUUAGCCUGUAGGUUUAACCUUCACUUCACCCACGUGGCCCCCUCAGAUUAUAAGGAAGAGUAACAAAGAUAAAAUAAAUAAUGUCUAUUAAGAAUGAGAUUCAACAUUAUGCAGCUGCCCCUUUCAGGGGUUUUAAAGUUACACACCAGCAGCACUGCUCAGAAAUAAACUGACUGGAAAUGAAGACGGAAAAUACAAACACGUGUACUUGUGUUAAGUUGGUGGUGCCUUGUCUCUUUCUGGCAUUGGCUGCGAAGAGGAGGCUGUAAACACAAUAUUUAUGAAUCUCCAGGUGGAAAAACCAAGUGUGGGUGGGAAUGCAUGGAGUUGAGAAGCCAGCAAUGGCUUACCACAGUUGAGGGACUUUGAGCCUGGCACAGAAGACAGAAAGUGCACCUCUUCACCUUUGCACUCUGCUUAGAAUUUCCUAUUAUCCUUCUAAUUAAGAAAAAAAAAACCACCCUGAAAAUAAGAUGGGUCAUUAAAUUUUUUUUUUCAUUUUAUGUGCAUAAGUGUGAAGGUGUCAAAUCUCUUGGAAUUGAGCAUCACAGGCUUGUGAGCUGUCAUAUGGGUGCUGAGAAUUGAACCUAGAUCCUUUGGAAGAGCUGACAUUGCUCUUAACCACUAAGCCAUCUCUCUAGUCCUCAAGAUGGGUCAUUUUAAGAUAGUGACCAUAAAAGUGACUGGGAGAGACUGUUCAGUGGGUAAAUUCUUUAUGAAACAAACAAAUAUAAAAGGGGCAGCAGAGACCAUUCAGUGAGGAAGUGCUCACUGUGCAAGUAUGAAAGUGUGAGCUUGCACCUCUAGCAACCACAGAGAAUGGCAGGCAUUAUGUUUACAUCUGUACUACUAGCACUGGAAGGCAGAGACAGGAGGAUGUCUGGGCUUGCUGGCUUGCCAGACUAGCCAAUCAGAGGGCUUCAGUUCCAGUCAGGAAACCUGUCUAGAAAAAACAAACAAACCUGGAAAGCAACAGAGGAAGGUAUCUCUAGCUUCUAUGUGCAUAUAUGAACACGCGGGCACUCUUCUGGAGACAUCAGAAAGACUCUGAAGUACCAUGUUCCUAAAUGUGAGCUAUGGAAUCCUAGAAAUCAGCAUGGGAGAGCUGCAAAGGGCCCUUCUGGAAAGGCUGCCUGUUGACAAAGCCACAUUUUGUUGACUUCCUGCUUUUUUCCUGCAGGCCCAGUAUAAAAUGCAGGUCACAAGUGCUUGAUGAAAUACGUGGUUUCUCUUUCCUGGACAGACAGCAAGUGGCCAUAGUGAUUCAUGGUGUCUAAACAGUGUCUUUGUUUCUUGAUCCUGAAUCUUCUCAACUCUGAAGCCCUUUUCUACAAAAGCCACCAAUGUGCAUCAGCCAGAAUAGAAACAAAAGCAUAGAGAAGAAUAUUGCUGUAAAGUAGAGGCAUGAAAAUUUGUUAAGAGUUAUAGUUUCUGAAAAAUCAGUCCUUUAUUUUUUCAUUUUUCUUUUAUUAUUAUUAAUUACAAUUUGUUCACUUUGUAUCCCAGCUGUGGCCUCCUUUUUUCUUCCCCCCUUAUGUCCCUCCCCAAGUCUACCAACAGGGGAGGUCCUCCUCUUCUAGUAUCUGACCCUAGCCUAUCAGGUCUCAUCAUGAUUGUCCGGAACCUCUUUCUCUGUGACCUAGUAAGGCUACCUGGCCAGGAGAAGGUGAUCAAAGAGCAGGCAACCAAGUUCACGCCAGCAACAGAGCCUGUUCCCUUUACUAGGAAACCCACAUGGAGACUGUGCUGCCCAUGGGUUACAUCUGAGUAGGGAAUCCUAGGCCCUCUCAAUGCACGGCCCUUGGUUGAUUCAUCAGUCUCUGCAGGACCCCUUAGGCCCAGAUUUCUAGCUCUGUUGGUCUCCUUGUGGAGCUCCUGUCCUUUCCAGAUCUUUCUAUCUGCCUUAAGAUUCCCUGCACUCUGCCCAAAAUUUGGUUAUAAGUUGCAGCAUCUGCUUCAAUAACCUACUGGGUAGAGUCUUUCAAAGGUCCACUGUGGAAGGCUCCUGUGCUGUUCCCUGUCUUCUCCUUCCGAUGUCUAUCCUGUUUGCCCUUCUGAGUGAGGAUUAAGCAUCUUUCCUAGGGUCCUGUUGUUUUGCUUCUUUAGGACUAUAGAUUUUAGUAGGUUUAUCCUGUUAAAUGGCUAAUAUCCACUUAUAAGUUGAGUAUAUACCAUGUGUGUCUUUCUGCUUCUGGGUUACCUCAGGAUCUUUUCUAGUUCCAUCCAUUUGUCUGCAAAUUUCAUGAUUUCCUUGUUUUUAAUUGCUGAGUAGUAUUCCAUUGUGUGAAUGUACCACAAUUUCUUUAUCCAUUUCUCCAUUGAGAGACAUCUGGGUUGUUUUCAGAUUCUGGCUAUUAUGAAUAAAGCCGGUAUGCAUGAUUGAGCAAGUGUCUUUGCUAUACACUUGAGCAUCUUUUGGGUAUACACCCAGGAGUGGUAUAGCUGAUCUUGAGGUAUCACUAUUGUCUAAGAAAGCGCCAGAUUGAUUUCCAAAGUGGUUGUACAAGUAUACUUUCCCACCAGCAAUGGAGGAGGGUUCCCCCUUUCUCCACAUCCUCUCCAGCAUAUGUUGUCACUUGAGUUUUUAAUCUUAGCUAUUCUGAUGGGUCUAAGAUGAAAUCUCAGAGUAGUUUUGAUUUGCAUUUCCUGAUGACUAAGGACAUUGAACAUUUAAGUGUUUCUCUGCCAUUCAAUAUUCCUCUGUUGAAAAUUCUCUGCCUAGCUCUGUACCCCAUUUUUUAAUUGGAUUACUUUUGUUGGUCUUUAACUUCUUCAGUUUUUAUAUUCUUGAUAUUAACACUGUCAGAUGUCGGGUUGGUGAAGAUCCUUUCCCAAUCUGCAGGCAGUCGUUUUGUUCUGACGACAGUGUCCUUUGCUCUACAGAAGGUUUUCAGUUUCAUUAGGUUCAUUUAUUGAUCGUUGAUCUUAAAACCUGUGCUGUUGGUGUUCUGUUCAAAAAAUUGUCUCCUGUGUCAAUGAGUUCAAGGCUCUUCCCACUCUUUCUUCUAACAGAUUUAGUGUGUCUGGUUUUAUGUUGAGGUCUUUGAUCCACUUACUGUAUUACAGGAAAUAAAUGCACACAAGGACAGCAGUGAUGUUCCUCUUUGCAGAAACUAGUAAUGCAGAUACUUAGAAAGCAGGGAUGCUUAAUUAGUUAUCUUAAAACCUUUUUGUUAGAAAUACGGGCCAGCUAGUUGUCUUCAACUGAAAAGUCCUUAUGGUCACUUCAGAGGGUGGGGUUUAAAAAAGAAUGUGUUUCUGUUAGGUCCCAACAGGAGGAAAAGUAUGCAAAAAUGAACUUGGGGUGUGUGUUAAAAUUUCAUCAAAUGCUUUUUGUGGGUUCUGACAACUCAAAAUAACUUGCUGAACACUUGUGCUAAUUUUAUGUCAACCUGACACAGGCUAAAAAAAAAAACAGGAGGGAGCCCCAAUUAAGAAAAUGCUUCCAGAAGAUGGGCUAUAGGCAAGCCGUUAGGACAUUUUCUUAAUUAUUGAUUGGUGGGGGAGAACCCAGCCCAUUGUGGCUGGUACCAUCCCUGGGCUGGUGGGCCUGGAUUUUAUUUAAAAAAAAAAAAAAAAAAAAGAGGCUGAGCAAGCAGCACCCCUCCAUGGCCUCUGCAUCAGUUCCUGCCUCCAGGUUCCUGUCCUGUUUGAGUUCUUAUCCUGACUUCCUUUGGUGAUGGGCUGUGAUGUGGAAAUUUAAGUUAAAUCAACUCUUUCAUCACCAAGUUGCUUUGGUGAUGGCAUUCAUCACAGCAAUAGCAAUCAUAACUAAGAUAACACUAUUGCUCAUUCUUCUGCAAGCAUCACUUAAGAAAAAAAUAUCAGAGUUAUGGAAGAAACAGAAACCAUCAUCAGUUCUUUUAAGAUGACAUACAACAAAAUUUGCAUUUUGUGUUCAAUGUGUAUGAGCUACUGGUGUAGGGGAACUAUGGAGUAACAACAUUAAUGCUAUGAAGGACUUACUAAUAACCUUGCUUAGUAGAUACUAAGUUAUCCAAAGCAGGACUUAGCUAAGGGAGGACUGCCUUCACAGGAACUGAAAGAAAAGCACUGUGCUAACCAGGCUUGUCAGAAACAGCAGGGAAACUUGUUCCUCACACAUAACUGAAGCUUAGGACUGUCAAGACUGUUUACUGAGACCCAGUAGCUGGCAGGCCCAUUCCCCUUCCAGAGUAUAUGUCUCUAAGAGGGCUAAUGUGAGUGGUGCAGAGUGAGAGCUAUCAUUAAGCCACUAAGACUCUGUCCUUUUAUCAGGGAAAGCAUAUCUGCCAAGUGGGAAAGACGGCCCUGGUUAACCAGCAACCAAAAGAACAACACUGGUGUCUUUGCUGUGUGAAUCUUCCUUGUGCCCACCCAGCUGUGUUUAAAGUGUAAUCUGUAAUCUGGGACCAGGAACUGAAAGAGAAUUAAGAAUGACAACAUAUAGGGAAUGUAUAAGCCUAAGGCCUAUAUACAUUGGUAAAUUUUUGUUUGAGGUUGUUUUCCUUUGUGCAUUAGUCAGAGCCAGAUGCAUGAUCUUAUAUAGAGCUUUUCCUCUACUUAUCUCGAUGUGCUCACAGUGAUUCCUCAGUGGGAAGUCCUGUACAUUCCGUAACAGGACAGCAUCAAACUGGCUCUUCCUGAAAGACUAAGGUAUUUCUCACUUGGACCACGAUUAUUAGCAGUGUUAUCACUAACCGGCUCUCUGGCAUAAAAUGUAACCAUGUCUUAAUUGAUAAUGCCUUAUGGCUUAAUACAGCUGAGAAGGGUUUUGUUCCCGGGAUGUUGGCAUGUGCCAAAGGCUGUGUGUACACUAGGCUUGCAAAGUGCUCUUCCUCUAAGUCCUGCCCUCCUCAUCUGCAGUUUUCAAUGUUGUGCUCUUUCUUUCCUCUUACUAGUUUUAAGUUUCCUCCAAGUUCUCAGGCCACCUGUAGAGGAGGGAAUCCAGAUUUGAAGGAUAGCCUAUCACAUUUAUGUACACUGCCUAUUCAUGGUUUGCCUUUAGCUCAAUUACAAUAAAAACAAUUAUUUCUGGCUUCUGAAACGGAAGCUGACUACUGCGCAGUAGUGGAACAUGCUUGGCAUAUGCAAGGACCUGGGCUGAAGUCCCAGGACAUCGCCCUGGAGAAGUGAGAAUAGUUAUUUCAGCAGACUGAAAAAGUAGUUUUAUAAAUAAGAAAUGGUCAAGUUCCAAAUUAUAAGCACCAUUCACCUUAACUAUUAAUGUCUUAAUUCAGUUUGUGUGAUUAAAAAACAACAAAGUAGGAAAACAAUAGCCAUUCUGACCUGUGCCCUGAGGCUGUCUGUUAACACAGCACCAUGUUACCAGUCACAAGCCAAUAAACAAUUAAAACGUGAAAGAAGUAUGUUUUGGAUUUUGGGGUACACUAAUUGGAGCAGCUGUAAGUAUUUUUUCUAAUAAAGAUGUAGGUGCCUAUAAAGCUUCACACUAUGGGUAAGAACCAGGCUGCAGUGUCAAUUUUAGGCACAAGGAUAAAGAAGGGUAGCUUUAGAGGGCUACGAUCAGUCUAUUCGGAUGCAAGCAUGCUAGAGCAUUUCAGUUUUGUUUGAUCAGUGAAUGGCCUGCUUAGCAGCAAGAGACUUGGAACAAGUUUCUAAUGGGACUCCUGAUUAGGACCACUAAAAGACAGACCAGACUGUCUUCCAGACUUCAGCUACAUCAUGGAGCUCUCUUAACCCUGGGAUGUGUUCCUGAACAGCUCACCAUCUGCCACUUCACCUCAGAAUGAGGCAACUUUACAGGAACUGAAGGAGAAGCAACCUCAGGUAAGAGAACACAUUUAAUAGUCUCAAAGGCUUACCACAUCACAACCACAGUUACUCCUUAAGAGUUUAGGAUGAAGACAAGUAUUACCUUAGCCCUACUUAACAUGUAGAAGGUAAAGGGAGAUUAAAUGUUA